UUUUUUUUCUCUUAAGUCCCGCACAGGCGCGUCGCCCCGGUUGCAGCCCCCGCCACUCGCGUCCAAACCUGUGGACACACAACAAGCGAACAGCCCUCACACGUUGAUACUCCGAGCACCGGCUGCCUCGUCGUGCUGGUCCAGGGGGGAAAUGGCAUCGCAGCAGCAGCAGCAGCAGCAGCAGAGCUCAGCCGAGCCGAGCUACCGCCAGCUGUCUCCCGCCGGGCAAGGUCAGCCGCAGCAGUCGCAGCAGCAGCAGCAGCAGCAGCAGGCACAGUCGCAGUCGCAGCUCAGGCAUCAGCAGCCGCGGGCUGGGCAGUUGCCGCCGCCACAGUCGCAUGUUGAGCAAUGGUUGAGGAGCAGCAUUGACGACGCGCUGGCACACAGCUUUGCCGCCGCCCAGCAGGCCAUCCUGGGCAACAUUCAGCAGCAGCAGCAGCAACAACAACAACAGCAGCAGCAACAGCAGCAGCAAGCUCCACUCCAGCAACAGCAGCACCAGCAGCAGCAGCAGCAUCGCCCCGUCGCUCGCUCCCCGUCCCUCGGAAGCAGCCCUCUUCCGCACCAGGUCCAGUACCAUCAGCAGCAGCAGCAGCAACAAAAUCAGCAACAGCUCCAAGUCCAGCAGCAGCAGCAGCAGCACGCGCCGGUCGCACGGCACAACAGCCAGCCCGUCCGCCAACGCAGCGGCAGCAACAGCAGCGCGUCCAGGUCCCCUUCAGCGACGACGAUGACAACAACAACAACAACAACAGCUCUGCAGAUGAUGCCGCCGAGACAGCAGAGUGUGUCCAUGCUGUACGAGGGAUUGAGAUCCGCAAGCGUCUCGGAGAUGGACGACAUCCCAAUGGACUCGGGCAGCCCCGCCGCUGCCGCUGCUGCUGGACUUGGAGGCGCAGGCGCUUUCUCAAGGACGGACGAGAUGGUUCGUGACAUGAUGCAGCAGUCCCAGGCAAGCGACCCCGUCAGUGGGCUGAUGGCGACCAACGCGACGCUGCAGCAGUUUGUUCUCCAACAGCAGCAGCAGCAGCAGCAGCAGCAGCAGCAGCACCAGCAGCAGCAGGUUCAAAAGUACCAGCAGCUCUUGCAGCAGCAGCAGCAACAGCUCCUGCUCAAUGGUGCCAGUCCCAGCAACAUGGCGCAGGAUUUGACGGGUUACACCAGCCUUGCGAAUGGCGGCGAUCUGCAGACAAACUAUGCCAUGCAGCAGCAAAUCUUCCUGACCCAGCAACUCCAGGCUCAGCAACUCCAGGCCCAGCAGCUCAUACAACAACAACAGCAACAGCAGCAACAGCAGCAGCAACGCCAAACGCCACAACAACAGCUGCAACAGCAACAGCAACAACUGCAGUUGCAACUGCAACAGGUUCAGCAACAGCUGCAGCAACAGCAGAUGCAGCUCCAACUCCAGCAGCAACAGCAACAGCAACAGCAACAGCAACAGCCACUCCAGCAGGAGCUUCAAUCCGAGCAACCGCAAAUGCAAGGCCAAGGUUACUUGCAACCUACCAAGCAGCCAACUUCGUCCAGUAACAACAACAACAGCAACAACAACAACACGUUCCUGUUCCCACCAAUCUACCGCCGAAACAGCUGCGCCAGUGUGUCGACCGCGCCGUCAUCACACAGCUCGCAACGCUCCUCGCGUGUGCACUCACGUAGUGGUAGUUUUGACCAAUCUGGCGUCGAUGGCGACGAUCUGGCCAAUUUGCAACAAAGCCUGGUCGAGCUGUCAAACCUGAAUCAACAACAGCCGGGCGGAUCCCUGCAGCCGCAACAAUCCAGACACUUGCAGUUGAGUCAAACACUGCUUCAACAGCGGUUUGCCUCGUCGCAGGGUGUGCAUUUGGCCCAGCAGGACUCGUUCGAUUCUUCUGGGUUUGUCGAUCCCAACACGUUGACCAAUAUUGCGUCGUCCAUCUGUGGAAGCGAUAUCAACGCUGCGCUCAGCGCUGCUGCAUCCGUCCAUCUAGGCUCUGCCGCCGGCUCGCAUGCGGGCUCUGUCGUCAGCAUUCACUCCACGCACUAUUCCCCGCAGUUGCAAGUGGACCCCGACCUCCUCCUGCUCCAGCAGCAGCAGCAGCAGCAGCAACAACAACUACAACUACAGCAACAACAACAGCAACACCAACAACAACAGCAACUGCAACAACUGCAACAACCACAGCUACAACAACAACAACAGCAACAAGACUCGCAUGACCAGCUCCCUUCGUUUGGCGUGCCACAGCCCAAAUUCCAAGUUUCGUUGCAGUUUCCUUCAGAGACGUCCUCGGAACGAUCGCUCCCCGUCAGCACACCUUUUGUUCGCCCCCCUCCACAUCGCGCGCUUGAGCGCUCUCAGUCCGCGUCUGUGACUCUGAUCGCUCCCGCCCUGCUCGUUUCAGAAGCACCGCCCGUGACUGACGAGUCAGAGCUCGAGGCAAUAUCUGAACGAUCGGCGCUUGGUGGUUUGCAGACUGCCCUUCCACAAUACGGCAAAGGUGUCGCUGGCAAUCGCCCCGCUUCGCCCAUCUUGACCGUGAAUGGCGACUUGUUGCCUGAGGUUGUCCCGCGUCCUCGUCGACAAAGUCUCCAGCAGCGCAGCUUUAGCUCUGGCAACGUGUUUCCGGACGACUUUUCCCCUGCGGGUCUCACUGUUGGUGCUUUCUCGCCCACAAGUCCCACUUCGUCAGCGGCAGCCUCCGCCGCCAUCACCUCUUCCGCAACAACGACGACCACAGCCGCAGCUGCGUUUGAUCUGAGCAUGCGAGGCACCUCACUGAGCAACAGUCCAAACCUUAGCGAGCCGGGUGUCGCAUCGUUCCAUGUGACGAGCGCAACGCCAAGCAGUGGUUCACCCGGUGCCGGGUCGGUCAGUGCUGCCGGCUCAGUCCGCCCUUCCGCCCAACGCCCCACCCCUCAACGCUCCAGCUCUGGAUUGUCAGCAUCGUCCCUGCUUCCCCCUGGUGCCCUGGCUGGACAACCUCGUGCGAAGAGUGAUUCCAAUUUGCUUGGCACGGAUUCGUUGCUUUCUCCUUUGCUUGGAGUCAAUCCAGCCCAAGCUGCGUCGCACCAGCAGCAACAGCAACAUUUGCUCCAGUUGCUUCAAGAAAACCAUCAACAGCAAGACUCUCUCUUGCUCAACCUUCUUCCCGCCGGCUUGAUGGUGCCACGCACCGCCAUUUCGCCAGACGUUUCCCUCACAUCGCCCGGCUCUUUUCACGACACCUUCAGUCCCUUUGAUGACGCUUUCUCCUCGGAGAGUCCGUUCGGUCGCGACACCAACCCGCUCAGCCCUGGAAGUCAGUUUGCGCUCUCGUCCAUGCUCGAGUCUGCCCAUGUCAACGGCCUGCCUGUCGACCUGCUCGGUCUGGGUGUAGAUGCUGCGUCAUUGCUAAACGACCCUGCGUUCCAAUCGUUCGAUGCUGGAGACCUGCACGAUCCCGGCCAAUUGCUCUCUGCCAACCACGUCAAUGCCUCCAAACGCAGGAGCAACAGCCUCAACGAAUUGCACGGCGAUGUUGUGCCAGCGGUGCACUCUGGCGCCAUUCGAUCGCGCUCGCGCUCGCCUAGCCCCACGCCUCUCUCCCGCACCUACAGCAUGGGUGGCACUCUGACGACCUCUCGAGCCGCUGCUGUCGUCGCAGCCGUCCAAGGAGGAUUAUCACCGAACGGGCCGCCGUCCAAUAGCGGCAGCGUCAACAAUUUGUCUGGCAGCUCUGGCAACCUUUCCAACCUGUCCGGCAGCACUGGCAACUUGUCAAACAACGGCGGUCUGAUGGGAUUGUCUGGUGGAGUCGGAGGUGGCGCUGGAAUAGGCCUGGGAAUAGGCCUAGGAUCUGGAGCCGGAGGAGGAGCAAUCGCGGGAGCAGGAGGUGGAGUCAACUUUGGCUUCCCUCCGUCGCUGCCUGCGUUCGACCCGUCUGGCUACUCGUACCAACCAGAUCAGCGCGGAGGCUCCUAUUACACAGGGCCAGGUGGACCAGGGCUCAUACCCCCUGGUAUUCUCGCGACUGGAGGAGGAGGAGUUGGCGAUUUCGGAGGAGCGUUGGCUGGAGGCAACGGUCGCAACAUGUCUUGUUCCGUUUGUCACACAACUCAAACGCCACAGUGGCGCAAGGGGCCAGAUGGAACGGUUUCGCUUUGCAAUGCCUGCGGCCUCAAACACGCAAAGCUGCUGAAAAAGCAAGCGGCCAAGAGCAAUGGCAGUCGUCCAGUCGCGCGCUCCAACAGCAGCACCGAGUCUCCGACCUCCACAUUUGCCUCAAGCAACAGCACAAACAGCUCGCCAAGAGCAUCUGUGCUUCUUGGCGAAGAUGGUCGGCGUGCGAGCACCAGUUCGUAUGACGACUCGCGCCGCGAGAGCAUGAGUUCGUUUGACGAAUCGGAGCUUUCGUCCGUGUCAGGCGUCUAGUGUCUGUCUUUCAAACCUUUGACCAGUCUUUUUUUUUUUCAAAAUAGCUAUUGCUUCAUAGACGUUGUUUGCAUUGUUACAUUUUUCAUUGUUCACAAAGUACAGUACUAUCACA